UCCUCUGUAGUCCUUUUCUACAGACUCAAUGCGGCUCUCCUGUUUGUUUGUGACUAUAGCCAUCGCAAUCCUCAUUCUUCUUAUCUCUCAACUUUUACUUGAGAUUUUCCUGCAAGAUGACUCCUGGCAAGUUCCAUACUUUCAGAAUCAAAAUAAUAAUUUCUUUAAAGAGGUAAAAUGGCCGGUGGUCUUGUGGUGGGCACCGUUGAGUGGUAUUGCCAACUAUGGAACUGUGAAGCAGUGUGGCCAACUGUCUUGUUUCUUCACCGAUGAUCGUCGUUUCCAACACCACCCGCUGAUCAAGGCCUUCAUGUUCUAUGGUACCAUGGUGAAGCUGACGGACCUACCUCUGCCUCGGAACGGUUCUUCAGUACUGUGGGCUCUGCUGCACGAAGAGUCGCCACGGAACAAUGCUCCCCUCAGCCACCCAGCGCUCCUCUCUCUGUUCAACUUCACAGCCACUUUCAGCAGACACAGCAGCUUUCCUAUCACCACCCAGUAUCUCAAGAGCUUACAAAUACUUUCUGAUUUGAAAUAUUUCGUUCCGACAGAGGAAAAGAGCAGGCUUCAGAGAGAGGAAGGGCUUGCCCCUGUUAUAUACCUUCAGACUGAUUGUUCCACGACAAACAACAGAGAUUCUUACGUUGCCGAGCUAGCCAAGUACAUCAAUGUCGACUCUUACGGGGAAUGUCUCCACAACAAGGAUCUUCCGUUACAUCUACGACCUCCCUACCACCUGGACACGAUGAUGGCAGAUGAGCUGAUGGAUCUGGUAGCCAAGUACAAGUUCAUGUUGGCCAUCGAGAAUGGAGUGUGUUACGACUACAUCACUGAGAAGUUAUGGAGACCUCUCAUAGCGGGAUCUGUCCCUGUCUACAUUGGCUCUCCUACAGUUUCGGAUUGGUUACCGAACAACAAAUCAGCAGUGCUCGGUUUGUACUUCAAAUCCCCUAAGGAUCUGGCCCAAUACUUGCACAGACUCAACAACAACGACGAUGAGUACAACAGCUACCUGAGCCACAAACUCACAUCCGAAGUGACAAACUCCUUGCUGAUCCAGACGAUGGAGGAGAGGGAGUGGGACGUGGAGUGGAGCGAAAGAGGCGGCUUCGUGGAACACUUCGCCUGCUUCAUCUGCAAGAAGGCUCAUGGACCUCGAAGCGUUGCCAUCGCCACAGGAGAGCAUUAUUCUUGUCCGGUGCCAGAGUCAAUUCUGUCCCGAGCCCCCAACAGGAGCAACUACUGGCUCAACAGCUGGUUCUAUGGUGCUUGUGAGGCUCAGGUCGCUCGUCAGUUUGUUGACUCGGGAGUUGCCAACUUCACACACCAAGAGUAUAAGGAUGCGUUGCUCCAACAAGUGAUUCAGGGCAAGUGUGUAUACCCUAUGUAAAAUGUCAGCACUAAACUAUAAUUUUAAAACGGCAAAGUUUUUGGGAAUUUACAUUGACAGUCAGUUAUCUUGGAGAUUGUCCUGAUUUAUACAGGGUGUAACAAAAACAUUGGGUUGGCUGUGCAUUUUCAGAUUGUAUGUGUGAUUCUAAGCUAAAAAUUAAGAAUAACUUUUUCCAAUUUCCACUUUGUUUAGCUGCUAGCCACCAUAUUGUAUUUUUGUUAACAUGUUAUUAUCUCUAAAACUAGUAAAGCUAAAGGAGCCAAAUUUAGCACAUAGGUUUGAAUAGGUAAGAGAAAAAUUAAAAAAUAAUUGUGUUUUUUUUCCUUAAUACUAAGAAAAUGGUAAACGGAUUUUGUUGAAACAAGUACUGUUGGAAUUGCCACACAAUUCUCUAAAUAGUUGGUGUCUAGUAAAUUUUUUAUAACUAUACUGAUUUUUUUGGUUUUUUGACUUUAAAUAUUUUCAACAAAUGCCAUUUUGUUAAUAUUAAAAAAAUAACACUAUUUUAUUUUUCACUACAUUCAAAUGACAAAUAUUCUGUGUUUAAAGCUUGUUAUUUACGAAGAAAGAUUUAAAAAGAUAAUACGAUUUAAAACAUUUGCCACUGUUAUAUUAUUAUAUAGUAACAAAGACGUUAGUGAUGGAUUAAAUUAAGGUACUGUUGACAUCAUCUGCAGUGCUGCCAAUUGUGCACACCAAGAGUAAAAGGAUGGAUGAGUUUCAACAACUACUAUAAGAAAAAUUAUUUUUGGAAACUUAUUUCUUUGAAAAAGUGUCACCUUGAGUCUUACAAUUAAUUAUUCUGUGAGAUAAUAAGUUUAGAAGUACAAUAUAUAACUGACUGUAGUCUCAUACAUAAGUUAGACAACUAACUGUUGUAGAGUUUCAAAAAUCUAAAACUUAUGAGAUCUUUGUUAAUUAAUGUUAUGCCCAUGAUUUAACACUUAGCAACAAUUAUUGAGAACUUCCAUUUUUUUAAAUUUUAAAUUGUAUUGCUUAUGUGAAAAUACCACAGUUACAUUGUAUAUACAGUAAUAAAUUUAAAAAAAACAUAACCAAUUUUUUGGCAUGAGUAUUUGAGUAUGGAAAAACUAUGUUAACUUGACAUUUUAAAAAAUAAAUUAUUAUUUUUCUGAA